GACUAAAACACUGGACCGGCUCUCCUCUACAUAUAAAAGCCGGCUUACGAGAGAUGAAACUUCCUGGCAGAAAAAGAACUGUAAAAAAUAAAAAAUAAAAAUGGAAAACGGGGCUGAGUUGCCAGAGGAGCUCUCAGCCUCUAAAAUAUUGAAAAAGUAAAAAAAAAAAAAAGCAAAAAAUCGACAUUUUAAUGUUAGUGACUCUUGUAGAGGAAGAUUCGAGGAGGGAAGAAAGGAGAACACGUAGAGGAUUUUGGUCCAUGCGAGAAACAAAGGACGGAGAACGAAACGCGAUUUGCCGGAGAUUCUCUUCAGCUUUUCCUUUCAACUUCAGUUUCCCAGCUGAUAUUUCUUCUUUCUGUUUCAAGUGUUUUUAUUUUUUUGGAGUUUCUGUUUUGGUUUUGCGGCAAUGUCCGGCGAGACGGCGUCGUCUUCUGGAAUCGUCCUGGAAGGAAUUGAUGACGUGGAAGACUACGUUUGGGCAAAUGAAGGAGUGGGAUCAUUGCCAUGGGACCAAUACAGUCAUGUUUAUGAUCACGUGGAGAAUGGAAAUCGAGCAUUCCGAGAGAAUCGUUUUGAGGAGGCAAUCAACAAUUACACUAGGGCCAAUAACAUCAAACCUGGUGAUCAUGUUAUUCUUGGUAACAGAAGUGCUGCCUACUUGAGGAUUAGUCAAUUUCUGAAACGUAGAUCUCCAACAGCUUCUGAAUAUAGACCCUUGAAUGGGCUGGAUAUGACAACACUUGCUGAACUUGCUCUUAAGGAUGCUGAGAGGCUGAUGAGCCUGCAGAAUAAUGCAGUAAGAUCCUACAUCUUAAAGGCCAAUGCUCUCAUUUUGUUGGAAAGAUAUGAGAUGGCGCGGGAUAUUAUUCUUUCUGGUCUUCAACUUGAUCCUUUCAGUGACGUUCUUCGGGCUUCUUUUCGGAGUUUGGAGAGAAUGCCAUCCAGUUUGAUGCGGAUUAGAGGCCAUGAGUUGCCUGAACGUAUCGAUGACUUUGAUUGCACACUUUGUCUGAAGUUACUUUAUCAACCUAUAACAACCCCUUGCGGACAUUCUUUUUGUCGCUCAUGUUUAUUUCAGACAAUGGAUCGUAGCAACAAAUGUCCAUUGUGCCGAACGGUGCUCUUCAUUAGUCCUAGAACAUGUGCAAUCAGUGUAACGCUAAACAACAUUAUACAAAAGACCUUCCCAGAAGAAUAUGCUGAAAGGAAGUCGGAGCAUGACAGUCUGAUAAAUUUUGGUAAUGAUGUGAUACCUCUUUUCGUCAUGGAUGUUGUCAUCCCUUGUCAGAAGUUUCCACUCCACAUAUUUGAACCCCGGUACAGACUUAUGGUAAGGAGAAUAAUGGAAGGAAAUCAUCGGAUGGGAAUGGUCAUCCGUGAUCCUGCUACAGAUUCUGUUGCUGAAUUUGCUUGUGAAGUGGAGAUCACUGAGUGUGAGCCACUUCCUGAUGGACGCUUUGUUCUAGAGAUUGAAAGUCGCAGGAGAUUUCGCAUCCUCAGAUCUUGGGACCAAGAUGGAUAUCGAAUGGCAGAGGUUGAGUGGAUACAAGACAUACUCCCAACAGAAGCAAGAGAUAGAGAAGAUUUGCAGGAGUCGACAAAUAAUGCAGCAGCAUAUGCUCGGUCAUGGUUAAGUUCAGCGAAAGAAGCAACGCAUGAACGAAGAGUGCUUGAAGCACUCUAUAAUAUGGAAGUAAUGAUGCCCAAUACACAAGAUCCAGAGCGCUUCAGUUUCUGGCUUGCCACGUUGUCAAAUCGAAGGCCUUCAGAAAGAUUGGAGCUGCUGCGAAUCAGAGACACAGCAGAGAGGAUAAGACGGGGUCUAAUAUACCUCACAGCAGAAGCACAAGGUCGUAGCGUACAGUGGUAUACGAGUUUGCCAGCAAGGCCUCUACGUGUCUCCUCCCUUUCUUUUCUCUCCAUUUUCCUAGUGUUAAACCAUGCAAACUUUAUUUUGGCAAAACAUGCUAAUCAAAAACCUUCCGCUCCUGCCCCUUCUCCGAUUGUUUCUUCUUCGCCGGCUGCAUAUCGGCCUCCUGAUAACUAUCUUAUCGAUUGUGGAUCUUCUAGCGAAACAAAGCUUGAUGAUGGACGAACGUUCAAGUCAGAUUCUCAAACAAGUAGUUACCUAUCUACCAGUGAAGAUGUACAAGCUUCAAUGGAUUCCAUUCCCAGCAGUAUCUUCUCCAAUUCUACCCCUUCGUCCAUGCAAGAUUUAUAUAAAACAGCAAGGAUUUUUCCUGCUCACUCAACAUAUACAUUUUUCAUCUCCAAGCCAGGGAAACAUUGGGUUCGUCUCUACUUCUACCCGCUUCCUCACCCUCGGUAUGAUCUGAAAACUGCAGUUUUCACUGUCCAUACAGACAAGUUUGUCCUUUUACAUGACUUCUCUGUGAGUGAUGAUACUAGAGUGGUUUUCAAGGAAUAUCUUGUUAAUGCUACUGAACGUUUCUCCCUCAUUUUCAAGCCCAAGAAGAAUUCUUAUGCAUUCAUCAAUGCCAUUGAGAUCGUGGCUAUUCCUGAUGAACUUCUCUCUGAUUCAGCAUCUUCAGUACCCCAAGGUAACACUGUCAACGGCUUGUUGAAUUAUGCUUUAGAAGUGUCCUAUCGAUUGAAUAUGGGAGGGCCGACAUUAACUCCAAAAAAUGAUACAUUGUCAAGGACAUGGGUGCCUGAUGCCCCAUAUAAUGUGUUCCCUCAAGGAGCUGAAGCUGUGACAGGUUCUAAUAUCAAAUACCAGCCUGAUAAACGGAUGACUCCAUUGGUUGCACCGGAUUUAGUUUAUGCAACUGCACAAAGGAUGACAACUGAGGCGUAUGCUCAAUCCAUGGAACCAAAUUUCAAUCUCACUUGGGUGAUGGAUAUUGAUGCAAGCUUUUCCUAUCUCAUCAGGAUGCACUUUUGUGACAUUGUAAGCAAGUCCAGCAAUGACUUGUACUUCAAUGUAUAUAUAAACGGCUUAAUGGGGUUGUCUGGUCUUGAUCUCACAACCAAAGCUGGUGGCUUGGCCACUGCAUAUUACACAGAUUUUUUGCUCAAUGCCUCAGCAAUCACAAAUGGUUCCAUCGUGGUUCAGGUCGGCCCAGCGUCCAAUGGCGGUCUACCUAAUGCUAUUCUAAAUGGCUUGGAGGUCAUGAAGAUGAGCAACAUAGCAGAUAGCUUGGAUGGAUUUUUUGCUGUUGAUGGUUCAUACAAGGGAGGAUCUAGCAAAUUGAAAGUUGUUGCAAUUUCAGGGCUUGCUAUGGCAUUCUUUGCAAUGCUGUUUCUUGGAAUAGUAUGUGUUAGGUGGAAAAGACGGCCUCAUGAUUGGCAAAAGCGGAAUAGCUUCUCAGCAUGGCUUCUACCUAUUCAUGGUAGCCACACUAGUUUCUUAAGCAGCAAGAGUAGCUCUAGGAAAUCUAGCAUCUUUGGCUCCAGAAAAAGUAAGAGUACUGGACACUCCAGUUUUUACUCAAAUCAAGGUCUUGGCAGAUUCUUCACUUUCAAUGAGUUACAAAAUGCAACACAGAAUUUUGAUGAAAAGACAGUGAUUGGUGUGGGCGGGUUUGGAAAAGUGUUCCUUGGGGUUUUAGAAGAUGGAACCAAGAUCGCUAUAAAAAGAGGAAACCCAGGAUCAGAACAAGGCAUAAACGAAUUCCAGACGGAAAUACAAAUGCUUUCCAAGCUCAGGCAUCGCCACCUCGUAUCACUCAUUGGGUUUUGCGAUGAGGAAUCAGAGAUGAUUCUGGUUUAUGAGUACAUGGCUAAUGGUCCACUUCGUGACCAUCUAUAUGGCUCAAACAAACCAACUUUGUCCUGGAAACAACGGCUUGAUAUUUGCAUUGGUGCAGCUCGAGGAUUGCAUUAUCUCCAUACCGGUGCCGCGCAAGGAAUUAUCCACCGUGAUGUAAAGACCACAAAUAUUCUUCUUGAUGAGAAUUUUGUAGCUAAAGUGUCCGAUUUCGGCCUCUCAAAAGCCGCACCUAUGGAGCAAGGCCAUGUUAGCACUGCAGUGAAGGGUAGCUUCGGGUAUCUUGAUCCUGAAUACUUCAGGAGUCAACAGCUUACAGAGAAAUCUGAUGUUUACUCUUUUGGUGUAGUCCUCUUUGAGGUUUUAUGCGCAAGGGCAGUUAUUUGCCCAGCGCUGCCAAGGGAGCAGGUUAGUUUGGCUGAGUGGGCCAUGCAGUGGCACAGAAAGGGCAUGAUUGAGAAGAUAGUUGACCCUAAGAUUACUGAGAGUAUUAGUGAAGAAUCACUCAAAAAGUUUGUGGAAGCUGCAGAGAAAUGUUUAGCAGAAUACGGAGUUGAUAGACCUAGCAUGGGAGAUGUGUUGUGGAACUUGGAAUAUUCAUUGCAGCUUCAAGAGGCUUCCUCACAGAUUGAUGUACCAGAAGAUAAGAGUAAUCUUAUUGCUUUGGAAAAACCGAGUGAAGAUGAUGACUCCAAAGCCAACCCUGCUGCUGCUAGUGAUGAUUCUGAUAUGACAGUUAGUUCUCAGUUACAUUUUCCUCAUAUGGGAAACGUCCAGGGAAGAUAAAGAUCAAUUGGUUGAUUUUUUAGCAGACAACAGCUUGUCCUUUGGUUGAAGUUCCAAAUUCAAUCCUAAAAACGCUUAUGUUUUGUUUGUAGAAUGUGUUGUGCAGAUUUAAUGACUUCCCCUUGCAUUUUAAUUUUCCUUCAACCCACCCCCUCUUUCCCGUU